AUGGGUAUGGAAUAGCAUAAGAUAGAUAUUAUCAUGAAUGAUUGCCUAAAACAAAAAGAAAUUGUUUAAAAUACUCAAAUCUAAAGUAUAUAAAAAUAGAACACAGCAUGGCUUAUUGAUUGCUAGUUAGAGAUAUAGCUGAAAGAAAAAUUCAAUGAGUUAGGAGAUAAUUUGGAUAAUUCUACAUAUUCAAAUAAGCUAAUAAUAGAAAUUAGCAUUAACAAAAAUCCUCAGAUAAAAUUAGAAUAAAUUGAUGAUAAUCCUUCAAUAUCAUAACCUGAUUUCGAGGGAUAAUCCAAGUAACCACUUGAGAUUACUAAUGAUCAAGAAAUAAGUUAGAUGAUCAGCUUCAGUAAAUUAGAUUAAGGUUAGGUAGUAUCAGUUUUGUUUGAAAGAAGAUAGGCUGAAAAUGGACCUAAUAAAACUAGUUCCUCCAGACAGUAAUUAAUAAAUGAUAAAGAAUAUUAGAAGGAGGAUAAUUUCAAUGAUUAUUUUGAAUUAUCAAAGCUUAAAUAAAGAAGAAUGCUUUUGGAUGAAAUGACUGACUCAACUAAGAAAGUAAUUAUUCAAAAGAUAUAUCCUUAGUUUGUAGAUGAUUCCUCCAAUAGGAGUUAGGCUAUCCCCUCAUAUGCUGGAGUCAUUCUCAUCGUAAUUGGAGUCUUGCUUCUGCUUGUUGUUAUAUUUCUCAUUAGAAGGAAAAUUCUGAGAAUGCGGAGAUAAAGAAUGGAACUUGAAAUGCAAGAGGAAAGAUAAAACUAGAUUACGAAUUAGAUACGUCCUAGUGGCUCAUUUGUGCCUCUCUCAAUUUAGAGACAGUACCAACUUGACAGAGUUUGCCAGCUAGCUUAGUUAUUUUGGUACAAAAAUGUUAAGGAUAAUAUUUUCCAAAUAACUCAAUGUACUAUAUGCUUUGAAAAUUUCUAGCCAGAAGAUUAAGUCAGAAUAACUUAGUGCUAGCAUAUUCUUCAUUCAGAUUGUUUGCUUUAAUGGGCACUCAAGCAGAUAAAAGACAUCUAAAGGGAAAACAACUUUAUUAGACCUACUUGCCCUUACUGUAAAAAUGACCUUAUGAAAGAACUAGAAUAAACAGAUAAAAUUCAUGUAAUAAAUCAAGAUGAAGAUGGUUAAGACAAACAUUUAGAUAUUUUAAAUGCAGACUAAAACACAAUCAACUCAGAAAAUAACAGGCUGAGCAUGGUCAUGGAUAAUGAUAGGACUAAUAUAAAUAUUGCUAGCAUUAUAAUGGCAAGAAAUCCCCUUAACUUAGCAAGUGUCGUACCAAUGAAUAGUAGUACUUCAAGAGUGAUUAAUUACUAAAUCAAUGAUUCUGAGAAUUAAGGAAUUCCCAAUGUCUAGCAAAUUGAAAAUCUAAUAGAGGAGACGGAUGCAGAAGCUGAUAUGAAUUUAAUUAUGAAUCUUUCGAAGGGUAUCCUAGCUGAUGGACCCUUAUCUCUGAACUAAGCUCUAAGAAAUCAGAGUUUAGAAAGUAUUAAUUCAAGCCGAUAAGACAGAAGCAAUAAGCUGGAUAAGAGUAAUAAUUAAAUAUGA